AUGCCUCUGUGGCUCAUAUUUCACCCUGCUGGUACCUUUGAGGACGAAGCCUCCCGGCAUGCCCUUGCCCAAGAUAUCACAAAAAUUUACACUAGAAUUGGCCUUCCGGCGUUUUAUGUAGUGGCAAACUUCAUCAAGCUCCAGGAGGGCCAAACUUGGGUUGGUGGAGAGUUACAUACCAGGAAGCCGUUUAUUCGAAUUGCGAUUGAGCACAUUGCCGCCCACAUUGGGGAUGAAUUGCCGGAUGAUGCGCAUGCUCGCACUAAUUCCGUAAUCGAAGCGGCAUUGAAACCACAUGUUGCCGACAAGGGAUAUGACUGGGAAUUCCACGUGGACCAGACCGACCGAAGGUUGUGGAAAGUCAAUGGGUUCAACCCGCCGGCUUUUCGCAGCGAAGCAGAAAGGCUUUGGUUUAAUGAGAACCGUCCAGUUUUUUAUGAGCCUGAGGCAGGUAAGCGCACGCAUGCUUUCAACCACGGAGUAGAGUAUGGUUCUGACCCGGGGAGGAGGCUGACAAAAUUCAUCAUAGGAUCAAGGAAGAACGCGACCUUAUAA